CAAAUGAGGCUAGAUGAGCCCCAACCUCGAGAUAGAUGCAUGCACAGAUUACCAUCAAGUCGUACAUGAAUCACGGAAACGCACAUCUCUGAGAGAAAACAAACGUGGAAACGAGCAAGUGUGUGGAACGAUACGCGGUCCAUCAUUGGCCCGCCAUUUUGGCGGCAUGGUCCUUUGGGCCACCAUACUAUUCCUCCAAGGGGCUGGUUUCGUCGGUUCGGUGACAGGUAUCCCUGGCGUCCCCGAAAAUAUCACUGUGAUGUUCCUGAAUCCGACGUCUGUCCGCGUCUCUUGGAGCACGAGUCAGGUCGAACAAGUCGAAAAGUACGACGUCACAUACAAACCCUCGGAUGCCAGGAAACACAAUGACAGUUACAGGGUGGUGGCGGAGGUCGCGGGAAACAGCGAAGCUGUAACGCUGAGCGGACUCCGAGCCGACACGCAGUACCAACUGGCUGUUACUGCCGUCAGAGCUGGCAAAAAAUAUAAAAGCCGAUCAAUCAUCUUCCGUACACUAGAGCCGCCGCGGACGUCUCCUCAACAGGAUGCAGCGGUAACUGGCGGCCCUCUCCCUCCUCCUCCACCCUCUUCUCAGCAACCUCAGCCCUACAUACAAGUCCGUGGCGUUGAAGUAGGUAUAGUGGUGUUGGUGUUGAUCUUCUGGGCGGGCGCAAUAGCGCUGUUCUUUAACCGUUGGGGCAAAAUUCGCAUGUUGCUGCCAUACCAACCUGACUACAAGGCACCGGUAAAAGUCCCUAGGACUGGGACCAAGCAAGACUCGAUUCAAGAACCAUGCCCUCAGGUAAUGCAUUUUGGCACGAACCACCUUAACUCUUUAGAGUUAGGUGGGUCAAAAACUUGGAAGAGAACGUUCAGGCCGCGGGGGAACAGCGCGAACGAUCUGGCCGGCUUCCAACCCCAGGACUUUUUACGAAGGUACGGUUCAACGUCGAAACUGUGCCGAAAGGUUCGCAGCGCGGACAAUUUGCCGCUCGAAUCGGUGAAUCGACCACCGGAUCAGCGUAACUCGAAGAAGGAGAGCAUCGACGGUGACAAAGAGUCAUUCCUGAAACCGACUCCGGAAGAGAAAUGCGAUGAUUCCAAGCUGAAUAGGCAGGCUACGUUCAAAGGUAGUCCGAAGGAGGGUCAUCAGCAACAGUGUUCAAGGGAUUUUCCAAUCGCGACAUCAUCGUCAUUCGUUGGCCGACACUUCGGGGGUUGGCGAGCCAGCGGAAGUCACGGAUACGUUCCUGUGCAACCGGCUUCCAUGGACGAGCGUUCCCUUGUAAGACAAGGUAUGUUCAAUUAAAUCCCCAGGUAUUACGGGCCGUCUUGCGUAAACGACGCUCGUCCAACCUGUCCCCAUCACUGGAGGAGCUACGACUACGCGAAAAACACGCUCGAGUCGAGCUUCGACGUGCAGCACUUCGGUCUGCCGAUACUCAGCGUCAGCGAGCCCAGCCCGCCGGACGAGAACGACCGUGUGGACGAAUACUUGUAG